AUGCAGUACCGCGAGUUUGCCGAUAGCGUGCUGCCGCUUGUCGACAAAGGACACUACCAUCCGUCACAGCAGGUGCCCAAGCGCUCACGGGGUGACGACGACGAACAACCGGAGCCGAAGCGAUCACGGACUGAUGCCGGUGGUGCCGAGAUCGAUAAGAUGAGGGCGGACAUGGAUGCUCUCCGGGCCGAGAAUGAGCGGCUCAAGACUGAGAACAAGCAGCUCAGGGCUGAGAAUGAGAGGCUCAGGGAUGCGAGUCGUACUUCCGCUCCUUUCGUCAAGAAAGAGGAAGUCGACGAGGAUGGUGUCGAGACUCUUAGCGAAGAGUUCGACAGACUCGUUGAAGAAGAGCUUGCUCGAAUAAGUCGGUGA